AGCGCGCGAAUGCUCCCACUUCUCCUACAGCCGGCUGCGCUGUUAGCUAGCAGUUAGCUUAGCGUCGUUCACACUAUGGUCUAAAAAGCACCGGGGCGGUCAGCUAGCACACCAGAGGACGGCCUGAGACGAGGCUCACUGCUACCGCAUCUCAAUAAACCUCGCAUCUGUGUUCUGUCUGCUACUUAAGAUACAAACGAUGGCGGACAAAGAAGGUGGUGCAUUUGAUGAUGCCGUGGAGGAGAGAGUGAUCAAUGAGGAAUACAAGAUCUGGAAGAAAAACACUCCCUUCCUGUAUGACCUGGUUAUGACCCAUGCCUUAGAGUGGCCCAGCCUCACUGCUCAGUGGCUGCCUGAUGUCUCAAGGCCAGAGGGGAAGGAUUACAGUGUGCAUAGACUGGUGCUGGGCACUCACACAUCUGAUGAGCAGAAUCACCUGGUUAUUGCAAGCGUCCAGCUGCCCAAUGAUGAUGCCCAGUUUGACACCUCGCAUUAUGACAGUGAAAAAGGAGAGUUUGGAGGCUUUGGCUCAGUGAGUGGCAAGAUUGAUAUAGAAAUCAAGAUCAACCAUGAAGGAGAGGUGAACCGUGCCCGCUAUAUGCCCCAGAACCCCUGCAUCAUUGGCACUAAGACUCCCACCUCAGAUGUGUUGGUGUUUGACUACACCAAACAUCCCUCCAAACCAGAUGCUUCUGGAGAGUGUCACCCUGAUUUGCGUCUUAGAGGCCAUCAGAAAGAAGGCUAUGGUCUCUCAUGGAAUCCAAAUCUGUCAGGCUCUCUCCUGAGUGCAUCAGAUGACCAUACAAUCUGCCUGUGGGACAUCAGUGCUGCACCAAAGGAGGGCAAGAUAGUUGACGCAAAGACCAUUUUCACCGGUCAUACUGCUGUGGUGGAAGACGUCUCUUGGCACCUGCUUCACGAGUCACUCUUUGGAUCAGUAGCAGAUGACCAGAAGCUAAUGAUCUGGGAUACUCGUUCAAACAAUACCUCCAAACCCAGCCAUGCAGUCGAUGCCCACACAGCAGAGGUCAACUGUUUGUCAUUUAACCCUUACAGUGAGUUCAUUCUUGCCACUGGCUCAGCGGACAAGACUGUGGCUCUUUGGGAUUUGAGAAACCUGAAACUGAAGCUGCAUUCCUUUGAGUCUCACAAGGAUGAGAUCUUCCAGGUUCAGUGGUCCCCUCAUAACGAAACCAUACUGGCAUCCAGCGGAACAGACCGUCGCCUCAAUGUCUGGGACCUCAGUAAAAUUGGAGAGGAGCAGUCUCCAGAAGAUGCAGAGGAUGGUCCGCCUGAGUUACUGUUUAUCCAUGGAGGCCACACGGCCAAGAUCUCGGACUUCUCCUGGAACCCCAAUGAGCCCUGGGUUAUCUGUUCCGUGUCUGAAGACAACAUUAUGCAAGUCUGGCAAAUGGCGGAGAAUAUCUACAAUGAUGAAGAUCCUGAGGGUACAACAGACCCUGAAGCCACAGGCUAACAUGCCUGCCUGCUGUGUGCAUUUACCUGCAGCCUCUUCACAUACCGUCACAUCAGUCGUUCAAUGCAGCUGUUUCUUCCAUCUGCUCUGCUUUACCAGUGGGACACUAUGCUGCAAUACUGAAAGAAGAGUAAUCGCUUGUAGCCGUUUCAGCUUUUGGAAUGCUCCAAGUGAGGACCUCUUCUUUCAUGAACUUGCUGCUUGAAGGAUGUCACCCAUGUUUUUUGCAACUUACCGAAAAUGUAUAUUUUUGUAAUCAAAUUGGCUCUUCCUUAUUCACUAAAAUUAUUUACAAAAUGUGUUUUCAAAUAAAAAAAAUCUAAAUUCCAAAAUCUGAAAAGGUGAUUAUACAGACACCUGAAUUUUGCUGGAAAAAAAUGUUAGCAGUAAAAUGUUAGCCAGCAUUUGACACAUUGCACAACAUAAACCGUGUUUCCAUCAUGUAUUUUAUUUACAUUUUGAAGCAUUUAGAAAUGUUGAUGGAAACAGAAAAUUUCAACAAAAAAAAAAAACUUGAUUGGAAAACCUUUUCCAAAUCGUAGUGAACAUUUAACUUACUAGACUGAUCAGCUGUUAUGGCUUCUUUCAUUGUUUUUGCCUCCGGACAGCAUGAAACAUGGCCAGUACCAGCUGACAUGAAACAACAAAUGUUCUGGACGUUGAUUUUUACACCAGCUGUUUGAAUUACAUUAGAGUGAAUCUGUAUUUGAACUGUAUGUUUGUGUUCCCAUCUUCCCUUGCCUCAUUCAUUCAUAACUCAUGUAAUUGUUGUCAUAUAGAUUAGUGGUUGCAUUAUUUUCCUAUGUUUAAUAUCUUGCAUUUGUACAGUGAGACCAUUCUUAAUAAAAUGUCUUUAAUCUCUC